AUCUAUUUGAUAUCAUGUUUACAAAAAAUAGAAGUAACUUUUUUAAACAUGCAUUAUUUAAGAAUGAAGAGCAAAUUAAAAAGUUAAAAACAAACAUGGCAUGAUCAGUACAAGUACAAAUGAAGGGAGCUAUUAUACUAUUAACUUCUAUAACAAUCACAGGUAUAUUGUCAUGCCAGGACCGCUUGUGUAUGUGUUUGACAUGGAAAGUUAAAAAUAGUAGUCUUGUUUUGACUUGUAAAACAACAACUCUUUCAAUGGUUGUUUCUUUGAACGAUCCAUUGGAUAAAGAACAAGGAUUUUGUGCGCAUCCAAUACCAUACACCCAUUGUUAUCCUCGCUUAAAGAAUGUAAGAAUACAUCAAAAUAUAAAAACGAAUGAGACAAUUUUUUACGUCGCUGGUCCCCUUGAUAAGCGUAUGAAUGGGAACUGGACAUGUAGGCAUGGAGUUAAUGUUGAAUCCGUAACUGUUGAAGUAACGUUGCCCAAUUCUCAAGAAAGAAAAACAAGAUCAUAUUGCUGGCAACUUCUAUUGUUGUGUACUAUUUCUGGAUUUGUGCUGUUCUACAUUUUAUCGCAAUUAUUUUUAUAUAUUACGUUUUCUCCUUGCACUGGAUCAUGUUCAGAAAAUUCAUGCUUAAAGACACUUGGUAAAAAAAUCUGGAUAGGAAGAAGAAAUAUGAUAGAGAGAAUAACAGACUCCUGUAUGUGCUUACAGAAAAAUAAAGAAUUUUCUAUGAAAGCAAUUAAAAGAGCAUUCGUUUGUUUAUUAUUGGUGCUAAUGGUUGCUAUUCCAGUAGCUGUCGGGUUCAGCCAGAAAGGCAUGUGUUCAGGAAAUCUUGGUUUUAUACCUAUUGGAUUUGUAUUUGGUUUUAUAGUACGAAUGCUUCUUAUGGACGAAAGAGGUACUGAAAGAGAAAAAAGCUUCAUAAACGGCUGUUGCUGUUUGUCGUGUAAAGGGAAAGAAGAAGAACAGACCGACCCAAAGGAACACGAUAAUUUUAUGGAUAACGAAGAAGACCAAACGAACACGGAAAGACAAGCGGAUAUACAGAUGCUCAAUGUUCCUGGUACUUCAACUGAAAGUGACACAUGAAAUUGAUUGAGGCAAUAGUAAAUGACCAUAACGACGUAUUCAGGAAAACAAAAGGGAUUUAAUAUGUGUGGUGAUUUGUGUUAUUGUUGUAUCAGAUAGAGGUGUGUUUUACAUUCAUGUCAUUCAAUGAGGCAUACCAAAGGUGUAACGAAUUACUUUAUGAAUAAAACACAAAUGGGCUAACCGUACUUAGAAUUUAUGUACAAAAGAGAGAAGAAGAAAAAAUGACCGCCAAUAAUCGCAAUUUUCACAGAAUUGGGAGACGGCUUCGAUUAUUGACUUUAUAAACAAUAAAUUAUAUUCUCUUAUGUUUGAGGUGUGUUUUCUAUUUCUCGCAUGAAGAGACAUUUCUCGUGCCACACUGCACAGAGUGUGAAACGAAAAAUGCGUUAAUUCAAUUGGCUUAUCCAGCAUCAUUAAAUGAUUUUGCGACAUUUCCAUUUGCUAUUCGUCAUGUCAUUGAUGACUUGCAAAAGUCAAAACAAUGUACAUUUCCUUCAUGACAACGGAGAUAUGUAAUUCUUUAAAAAAUCUACAAAAAUCUCACUUUUCACCAGAACUUCUUAUUUUUGUCAAUUUUGAACACUCUGAAGCGAAUAAAAGUGUCAAAACG